UGCCUUCCUUCCUGCUCCGGCGGGGGAGGAGGAGGAGGCCGCUUGAGCCCCGCCGCCCGCCCUGCUCCUCCUGCUCCUGGGCCAUGGCGCUGGUCACCCUCCAGCGCUCGCCCACCCCGAGCGCCGCCUCCUCCUCGGCCAGCACCAGCGAGCUGGAUGCUGGCAGUGAUGAAGAACGCAAAUUGAACCUGAGCCUCAGCGAAAGCUUUUUUAUGGUGAAAGGGGCUGCAUUAUUCCUCCAGCAAGGAAACAGCCCCCAGGGACCACGGACUCUUCCUCACCCUCACAAACAUGCAGGUGACUUGCCCCAGCACCUUCAGGUGAUGAUCAACCUUCUUCGCUGUGAGGACAGAAUCAAGCUGGCUGUGCGUUUAGAAAGUGCUUGGACAGACCGCGUCCGGUACAUGGUGGUGGUUUAUAGCAGCGGCCGCCAGGAUACAGAGGAGAACAUUCUUCUGGGCGUGGACUUCUGUAGUAAGGAGAGCAAAAGCUGUACCAUAGGGAUGGUUCUGCGUCUGUGGAGCGACACAAAGAUCCAUCUAGAUGGCGACGGUGGAUUUAGCAUCAGCACUGCUGGGAAGAUGCAUAUCUUCAAGCCCGUUUCAGUACAAGCAAUGUGGUCUGCCCUGCAGAUCCUCCAUAAGGCUUGUGAGGUGGCUCGACGGUACAAUUACUUCCCCGGUGGGAUGGCCCUUGUCUGGGCCACGUACUACGAGAGCUGCAUCGCCUCGGAGCAGAGCUGCAUCAAUGAGUGGAAUGCCAUGCAGGAUCUGGAAUCCACGCGGCCCGACUCGCCAGCUUUAUAUGUGGACAAGCCAACCGAGAGGGAGCUGGCUGAACGGCUGAUCAAGGCCAAACUCCGGAGUAUUAUGAUGAGCAAAGAUCUGGAGAACAUCACCUCAAAAGAAAUCCGGAAUGAGCUGGAGAAGCACAUGAGCUGCAACUUGAAAGAGUUCAAAGAAUUCAUUGACAAUGAGAUGUUGCUUAUCCUGGGCCAGAUGGACAAACCUUCCCUGAUUUUCAACCAUCUGUAUCUGGGUUCUGAGUGGAAUGCCUCCAACCUGGAGGAGCUCCGGGGCUCUGGUGUUGACUACAUCUUGAACGUCACCAGGGAGAUUGAUAAUUUUUUCCCUGGCAUGUUUGCCUACCACAACAUCAGAGUUUACGAUGAAGAGACAACGGACCUCCUUGCCCACUGGAAUGAGGCCUACCAUUUUAUAAACAAAGCCAAGAGAAAUCGCUCCAAGUGCCUGGUUCACUGUAAAAUGGGAGUAAGCCGCUCUGCGUCAACAGUCAUUGCCUAUGCCAUGAAGGAAUUUGGCUGGUCCUUGGAGAAGGCCUACAAUUACGUGAAGCAGAAGCGCAGCAUUGCACGGCCGAAUGCUGGCUUCAUGAGGCAGCUCCUGGAAUACCAAGGCAUUUUGGAUGCCAGCAAACAGCGUCAUAACAAGCUGUGGAAGCAACAGUCAGAGGACAACCUACCCCAGCAUUUGGAUGGCUCUGAUGGGCCAGAUGAUUUUCUACUGGACAGUUUUGAUGUUGAGCUGGACCCUACCUGUGUGGAGCCGCCAGCCAGCCAGGAGACUGUGGACUUCCAGUACUGCUUCAGGCGCCUGUCGGACUCUUUGCCUGGCAACAGGGAAUCGUUUUUCCGGGUGGAGGACCUGGAGAGAGAUGUGCUUCUGGAGGAGGCCGAGUCAUCUUUGGCAGCAGACUUGCCAUUCUUGGAGUUCUCCGACAAGUCUGAAGUGGAAAAUCUGAAGAGCAAGGAGAAAGCUGAAAGCACUGACCUUGGUGAGGAGAAGAAUCCCAAAAGGAAAUCUGAGAUCGGGUUUCUGAAGGAUGGUGCUAGGCCUGGGCUGGCAUUGCGAGAGGAAGGUGGCACCAGUGAGGAGAAGCCCAUGGAGAGGUGGAAACGGCGCUCUUCUGUGCAGGAGGAGGAGAGCAGGUUGAACUGCGAGAACCUGAACAACAACAAUAGCAAGAGGAGCUGCCCUGAGGACUUUGAGCAUGACGCCAUCUUCGGGAUCCUCAGCAAAGUGAAGCCUUCCUACAAGUCCUGUGCUGACUGCAUGUAUUCUUCUGCUGGCCCCUCCACCGAAGUCUUUGGAGAGCCAUGUGAGAACCUAUGUUCUGUUCCUGCGUGCCACAGCCCUACUGUCUGCACGCAGCCCCCCUUCCUCUCACAUGGGACACCUCCCUUUUUGGAGCAGGCAUUCUGUGAGUAUCCUCUGAAGGAGAUCCGUGGAGCAAAAUCCAACAGUUUGCCUUUGGUGUUGGCGGGAGGCGAUGUGCAGGAUGUGGAGGCCAAUAAACCUCUAUCUGGCUGGCCCUGUGAUGCUUCUGAAAAACCCAGAGAGGUAUCCAAAACCCCAGUUGGUACCUUGCUUGGCGCUAGGCAUCCUCUCUGCGAAAGAAGCCCCAUCCCUCAUGAGGGCUCCUUACUAAGGAAAGAUGCUCGGCAGACAAAGGACCUAAAGUAUUUGCUCUUCAGCAAAGAUCUAGAGAAGCCGACUACCAACAGUUACUUGAUGCAGCAUCAAGAGUCCCUCCUUCAGCUCCAGAAGGCUGGCUUGGUUCGGAAGCACACAAAGGAGCUAGAACGCCUCAAGAGCCUGCCGUCAGAAACUGGGGGCCAGGCCAAGGAGGGUCCCGGUGCCCCGACGGACAUGACCAUUCCAGAAGAGCCCCAAGAACUGGUGGCCCACCCUGGCGAGUUGCCUCUUCUUGAACCAUUACCCUCCGUUCCUCAAGAUGCUGAGAAUGACCCUGAAAAGCUACACAAGACUCCCCUGGUUGUUGGAACGUCCCAGAAAACCUCCACUCCUGUCCUGGGCAAGAUGGAGCACAUGAGCAGUUUCACCAAAGACUUCCUGAAGACCAUCUCCUACACACCCUCAUCUUCAAGGAGCUCCAAUCUGACACGAAGUUCCAGCAGUGACAGCAUCCACAGUGUCCGGGGCAAGCCCGGCCUGGUGAAGCAACGGACCCAGGAGAUCGAAACCAGGCUGCGGCUCGCCGGCUUGACUGUCUCCUCACCUUUGAAACGCUCGAAUUCUCUCGCCAAAUUGGGAAGCCUCAACCUCUCCUCUGAGGACCUGACAAGCGAUGGGGAGCCGUCUGCCUUGACUGACUUGAGAGAGACCAAAUCGAGCGAGGUGUCAGGGGGCUGCAACUUCUGCCUCUCUUCGAAGAACACAGAAGAGGGCCCCAAGCCCUGGCUGAAAUCUACCCUGGGGAAAUUAAAGAGCAUGCCCUGGCCUGGGAAGAGCUGACCUCUGGGCACAGUUAUUUUAACAAAAGUAUUAUUUUUAUUUUUGUCUGUCCGAAAUGCAAUUUUAGCAUCUGAAAAAAAGCGAGAGGCAGACAUUUCUCUCCUUUCUUUCCACGAGGUGCUGCAAAUAGUGGAGCCAAAAGAGCAAAGAGCCCAAGAAUAAAGGCUUCCAGGAUGGAAGGCGAUUGCUUAUGUGACAGGGCCCCUUGACUCCUCUAAGGCAGGACAGUGGCAACCUCUCUCCCGCUAUGCCAAAAAAUCCUCCUUGUUUUUCUUUACAAUGCAAGCUGAGCACAAUUCUUAGUUCCAAGAUGCCCUUAAGCAAAGAGCUGAAGAGGGCAAUGUAAAAAUGCUACCUCUGUUCUUCAUACAUUUACAUAUAAAUGUGCAGACAUGGUUUGGAAUUUUAAAAAAUCUAGUCCUAAAAUUCAUGCUUUAGAAAAGGCAGUUGUUCAAUCAUGCUUGGUAAUACUAUCUGUAAAGAUCUCAGUGACCAAGAGUUCACUUCUGUACAUCCGGCAGAGCUUGGAGAAGUUUUUGAACUACAACUCCCAAAAUUGUCCAGCCAUGGCAGCUGGAGGAUUCCUGGAAUUGUAGCCUCCAAAAUAGCUUGUCCAAUUGCUGGCACUGAGAGAUGUCUUUUUUUUCUGGGCUGGCUUUACAGAGGCUUUACUCAUCUGGCUGAAUAAGGGAUGGGUUACUCUGAGUUGUCCUAUAGCCCUUUGCCUCAGGGUCUUGGAGAGAGGGAGUUAUUAUUUGUUAGGAGAUUCUGCCAAUCCAGUUUGUACUUCUUGUCAAUUAAUGACUGGGGGUGAGCUGUUACUAAAAAAAUGUGGAACUGGUUGACGUUUUGUGUUCCUUAAAAAUUUACAUAAAGCAUGGAUGUCACAGUUUGCUGACCACACACUGAAUAAGGGGGUGACUGUGGUUUUUAAAGGAUUUUUAAAAAACUGUUUACAAGCAUUUGACAUUGGGGGAAGUUGAUGCAUUGGUUUUUUUUUAAGUUUUAAGAUUUGUGUUUUUUAAAAAUAGUCUGUGUACUUUCCAACUCACAGUGGAAAGAAGCAAGUUCUGGAUUGCCUCAGGAACAGCUUGUGGUCUCUGCCAAACUCCAAAGCUGUUGGAGAAGUGAAGCUCUGUGUAGCCUCAUCCACAUGGGUUGGGCCCUUCCUUUUCUCUCUUUUGAUUGUUUAGGUGCCAUGGGAGAGCACAGCAGGGGAAGAGCAAGGAGUAAGGCUUGUGCUUUUUUACUCUUUUUUUCCUGGAGAGAAAUUUCUUGAGAAAUAUGUCAGAAGUUACUUGAAAGAUUCCAGUUUUCCAAUCCAAGUCUGUUGCCUGUCCUUCUGAUAGAACCCGUGCUUGGAUCCCACACCUUGCAGAAGCACUCAGGGUUACAGGACAGACAAGAGAGUUGCUAGUCUGACGUAGUGCCAGAGGGCCCCAACCCCAGUGGAGGAGAAGAUCUAACCAUAAGGCUUCCUACCAGUAAGUAAAGGAGAGCCAUGGUUGAGGCUGUCUUGGGUAGCCACUGAGGGGUCAGGAUGGGAGUCCCAAUGCCACUGCUGGGGUGCCUGUGGCAAUGACAAAUACUCCAGCAAGCCAAUGGCCCUCCUCUCCCUUUUGAAGUCAGCAGCGGUUGCAUCAGCAGUGUUGCCAAAUCCAGUGGUUGAAGGCCAGUGUCCCUUCUUCCAUUGCCUGUUACAAAUGUCUCUUAGUCGCUUGGAAGCAUCUCAGAAAGCAGUUCUGCUUGUGGGAGAGAGUGGGGUGGUAGAACUGGAGUGGGAAACUUGUGGUUCUUAGGCUGUAGUAGGACUGUACUUCCCAUCAGGCCCAGCCAGAGGUGAAAGAGCAUGAGAACUGCAGUCCAAACACAUGCUGCCACCUCUUAGAGACUAUUCUUAUGUUGACAAAAUCCUCAGAGUCCACCAUUUGGGUGGAUGCUUGGCCUCCAAAAAGAUGCCCAUAUUGUGAGAAAUAGGAUUAUUUUGCAUUCCUUGCCAAGAAAUUCUAAAUUGGGUUAAGUAACCUUUCUCAGUUGUAUGUUGCACAUGCCAGGGUGGGUGGGAUGUCUCUUUACAGCAGUCUUCCCAAUCUGCCAUCCCUGGAUGUGUAGAACUAUAAUCCUCAUUGUCCCCAGCAAGUACUAUACAUUUAGAAGGUGCCAGAGGCUGCUUUAUGGUACAAGAACUGAAAUCUUCCUGGGGCGACCCCCUCCCUUCCCUCUGGCUUUUUUAAAGUGGAGAACAGGUGGUGUGCCUCGACUUCAUGUCGACUAUGUACUGUAGCUAAUCCUUGCAAGAUCCCAGACACCUCCAGUGAGGAGCACUCCAGUCUUUAGUGUUCAUGUUUUGUUUGCCCCUUGCUUGAGAACAUCAGUGUGCCUGCUUGUAUAUUUCAGGACCAUACUUGAUAGGUGCACCUAUGGAAUUUGCCAUUUUUUCUUUUGGCCAUGCUCAGAGUGCAGCAUGGCAGCUAGUAGCAAAGGGAGGUCCUCUUUUUCUCAGCCUGCACAUGCAUGUAACUGGGGUGAACAUGCUGUUAACUUGCCAUCGAUAUUCCCAGCUCAGUCAGCUGAUGGAGCAGCCAUUCCUCUUACAAUCCACCCUGCUUGACAUACUCUUUGAUCAUCCAGUUCCCUUCUUUCUUUUGUAUGUGCUAUAUUUUAGAGAUGCUUCUCUGUCCUGACAGUGUGCACUGGGAAGCCAUAAUUUCAACGUCAUGCUUCCUGGAGGGUGGGGGACUCCCAAACCACGGCCGUAUUUGUUCACCAGGAAAUCAAACUCUGCCAAGUCCAGGCCUUGGGAAAUCUUGGCAAAAUACACGUUAAAAUCAACAAUUCAGGAGGCCUGCCUAGAGUUGUGUUUUCUCCUCCUUCUGUUAUCCAGCUUGCUAAAGCAAGAAAGAAAAUGUUUUAAAAGGCUCUUCUUUGAAGGUCAGGCAUGUUUGAAGGGUAAGGAUGGAACAAGUAAACUUGUAAAUCCUGAGGUUCAGGCAGAUGUGUCUAAUGAGGGACUGCUCCUGCUGCUCUCUGUCGCCUCAUGGCCGUUCGCAGGGAUUUAAUAUUGAAGAAUUGGAUGGGCCAAAUUCUUUCCUCUUUUCUUUCUUGUUUUGGAAGACUGCUGUAUUUUUGAUCUCUGUUCAACUGAAGGUUCAACCCUAUCUCAGGCCUACAUGAUCCUUUCAAGGAAGAAGACAAUGUUUUCAAGCCAGUGGGAAAUAUAUCAUAAUCUUUAGCAUACCAUUGCAGAGGGUUUUUCCCCCAAUCCAUAAGUAGCAAACCUUUGCUAGUAUGCCUGGAUUGAGGCAUAAAAUGAGAGCUGGUUUAUUUUCCUCUAUACAUUGGUGGUAUUUUUUUCCUUUUCCUUUUUGAUAAUAAUAAUUGAGUGCCUUGCAAAUAGUUUACAAAUACUGUGUAUUUAUGUGAAGCUCUUCCUUUGUUUUAGUACCCUAGGUGUGUGAUGCCAGUACAGCUGUCUACAAUAUUUCUGGUGUGCAUGUGUGUGCUUGUUUAUCCUUUCCUUGGGGAGUAGCUCACCAGGGUCCCUUUGGCUAUUUGCAAAGGUUUCAACAAUGUUUUGAGGGUUGUUGCUGUUUUUGAAAGCUCUUGUCCAGGCUCUCUUUCCACGCCUUUAAACUAUGCAGUGAUCAAGCCAUACUCAGCCAGAACAUCUUUGUCUUCCCCCACCUGGUGGAUUUGGAGACCAAAUUCAGUGCCAAGGUAUGUCCCGGCUUCAAACCUACAAUGCCCCAAAGGGCACCUUUAAUUCCAGCCUAUGCUCUUUCUGGAUGUUAUUUAUUUUUUUAAAAAAUGAAGUUCCAUUUUGAGUUCUUCUUUCUUGCCAUCUUUCCCACCCAGGCUUGAGGUGUGUUUGCAUUGUUAGGAUGCUGAGUCUUUCAAUUCUGAAGCCUGUGGGCGUCCCUCUUUUUAAGAACCGUCUAGACAUUGAUAAACAAGAGUUGGCAAACACCCUCCAGAAACCUUCCUCAAUGUGGCACCUUCUGAGUGUGUUGGUUUAUAUCACGCUCAUCCUGUGCUAGCUGGGGAUGACGGGUGUUGUAGUCUGACACAUCUGGGAGCCCUCAUGUUGGAGGAAGAUGCCCUCUCCUUUGCUCUGUAUGUGCCCAUAACUUCUUGAGGCUGGAGGUGAUGGGUGGGUGGGUGCCCAAGAGACAGGUGCCCCCCCCCAUAAAUAGAAGCAAUGUGCGAAGCCUCUUGACCUCUGCACUGGCCUUUUCUGUGUGUGAAAGAAUGAACUCCAAUGGGCAGUGGUCCACUGCAUUACUGAUGUUCCUGGUACAUCAUUGUUUUCUCAUUGUUUUUUUAAAAUUUAAAUACACAAUGUGUACAUAUGUCUAGCUUUAUAUCUCUGUUGUACUGUACCUUCACAGUAGGGGAUGCAUAAUGCACUUUUUUUUUACUUUUUGUUGGUAAAAGCGUACUGUAUUAUAUACUUGUGAGGAAACAAUUAAAAAAACUUUAUUUACAAGGA